UUUGUAACGUGGGUGAACGUUCACAAGUGAUCUUUAUUGCAUAUUGUUGUUGUUCGAAUUGUGCUCGAAGAACAAACUUGACCGAUCCGCCGGGUCCUGCUUGAUUGAUGCCGAUCACCGAUCGGCUUUGCCAAACGAACCUAUGUCUGCAUUACCUCAAAGCAACCGGCCUACUGCCAGCUCUCCGGCUCCUCAACUUUCUGCGCCGAGAUCGCGGAAAACCCUCACUAUUUUACCGCAUUCAACUAGGGCUCCACCCUCAUUCCAGGCUUCCUCAGGCAUGCGCGCGCCGUCUAGUCCAAUGUCUGUCGCUAGCAGAAACGGUCUUUCUACUUCAACAACACGUGUUGGUCCGUCGAGUUCAGUUAUCAGCACCAGAGUUCCCAGUAGUCCGGACGCAUCAUUGCGAAGAACGGUCAGCAUCGCAGCCUUUCCUCAACCACCCAAGGCUGGAAGUCGCCCUUCGACCGCAUCUUCAAUCUCAGGAAUAAAAGGACUACGUUCUUCUGGAAGCUUGAGAGAAAGGAAAAGCUCCAGACUGAGCACAAGCACAACCAGUAGCUUCCGAGCCUCCAAAGCAACGUCUCUCAUACACGCAAACGGGGACUUGAAGUCAGCUCUUAGUUACGAGAUCCGGGACCCGGAUGCUUCCCCUCCACAAAGCAGAAGCUCUUCUGCGCAAGGGUCGUACUCUACUAGCGCAACCACAUAUGAGGACGGUGAUGAAACAAGUGGCCUUUCCAAAUCUACAUUUAAAUCAAAGGAGAGCAAGGACACAACAAAAGGCAACGUGAUCGUGAGCGUCCGAGUACGACCCGAGAUUGCAGGUAGUGAAGCCACAAAGACCUCUGAAUGGACGCUAGAUGGAGGGCGGGCAGUCAUCUCUUAUCAUGGAAAAGAAGGCGGUGACUAUCUAUAUGAUAAUGUGUUCUCGACAAGUGAAGAUAAUGCAAAGGUUUACGAUGCCGCUGCCAAACGUCUAGUGCGUAGGGUAAUGGAAGGCUAUCACGGCACAGUGUUCGCUUAUGGCAUGACUGGAACAGGCAAAACCUUUUCGAUGCAAGGAACAGCCACCUCCCCAGGGGUAAUCCCAUUAGCGAUAACAGAUAUCUUCUCUUUCAUCAGAGAGACGCCGCACCGGGAGUUUCUGUUGCGGGUGAGCUACCUCGAGAUAUACAAUGAGAGAAUAAAUGACUUGCUUUCGGCAUCGGUUUCCGGUGCGCCGUCCACUACCCAGCAGGAAGAAAUUAAGCUGCGCGAGGAUAGCAAGAGAGGCAUAUAUGCGACUCCCUUGAAAGAAGAAAUUGUCCAGAGCCCGACGCAACUUCUUCGUGUCAUAGCCAGAGGGGACCAUGCGAGGAGGACUGGCAGCACACAAUUCAAUGCUCGGAGUUCACGAAGUCAUGCGGUUGUGCAGAUCGUUGUUGAAAGCCGGGAACGAGCACCUGCAGGAGCAUCGCAGGAUCGGCGGUCGGGUUUGCUGCCCGGAGGUGUGAGGGUGUCCACACUAAGCCUCAUUGACCUCGCUGGAUCUGAGCGGGCUGCUGAUGACAAAGAACGUCGUGCAGAAGGGGCUCACAUCAACAAGAGCUUAUUGACAUUAGGCACGAUCAUCUCCAAACUUUCAGAAUCAAGAGACAAAGCUGGUGGCGCAACAGACAAAGAAGGCAAACAUCUACCUUACCGUGAUAGCAAGCUCACUAGGUUGCUGCAGCCAGCAUUGUCAGGGAACUCUCUUGUAAGCAUUCUCUGCACGAUUCAAUUAGGCAGUGCAAACAAGACACAUACUGGUGAAACUCUCAACACUUUGAAAUUCGCAGCUCGAGCCAAGAACAGCAUCGUCAGUCAUGCCAAGAGAGCAGAGGAGGCAAUAGGGAGCAGUAGCACUGAUGCAGGGAGUCGGGUUCUUUUAGAACGCUAUCGGAUGGAAAUCCAGGCUCUCCGUAAUCAGCUCGAGUGCCAGACCAAAGCUCAGGUUGAGAAAGAGCUCAAACUCGAAGAACAGCAGCUGGAAAAGGAAGCGCAGGCCCGUCACGAAGAGCAAAUGCUGGAGAUACAACUGGCCCGGACGGCAUUAAAGGAACGGAUAGAGCAUCUAAAUCGACUUAUAUUAUGCUCGAAAUCGACUGGAGUAAAUAGCCACGGGGGUUAUAUCUCCCUUGGUAGACUUUCCAGACAAUCCGCUUUCGAUGCCGGGACGAGGUCUCUUCGAUCUUCAGUCAGUCAGUCUACAUUGAGCGCUUACGGGCAUAUUCCAAUCCGCCCCAUGUCCUUCGUUUCGGUGAACAGUUGUGACCCUGCGGCCAGCGCACAUUUCACCAGUGAUUCUGUGCGUCAUGAAGAGGAGGAAGAGAGUAUAGGAGAGUUUGCAGAUGGCAAGGCCAGUGCUCAACAACAGAUUGCAGCCCUUCAAGCUGACCUCAAUGACAAAAAUCGAUAUAUAUCUACAUUAGAGAGGCGGCUGCUACAAGCCCGCCGCUCGAGUCAUUCCCGCUUGUCCAUCGGCGUAAAGGCAAGCGGCACAUAUACUGAGAUGCCUGAUGCAAUGGCUUUAUUGCAUGAAAGGGACAUGGAAAUCAAUGAGCUUCGUCAACAGCUGGAUGAUAAAGACCGGAUGCUUACAGCCCUUCGAUCUGCUGCUCGGCAUCGGGAUCUGGCGCACAUUGCUACGGAUGUUUCAGGGCCCGAGAUUAAAGAAACUUCAGCCCAUCGGCACAGUCUCUUGGACAGCGACUAUGCCUUACCCUACACUGCAGACUUCUCCCCACGGUCUGAGGAGAUAUCGGAAGGGAAACGGCAAAGCAUGGACGAAGUAUCCCGCAUCCUUGAUGAGAUGAUUCAAGAUCAUGUUGAGAGUGGCCACUUAGUCAAAGGCUCCCGUGGAAGUGUUCGCGUCGUUGCUGACAGUCGUCGCGCAUCCGAGUCGGUGCCCGGCGUAGCAAAUUUGAUUACGAGUAAUGCCGAUCAACUGGACCCCGACCAGAACACUCCGACCUGACACUUUGCACCAUCAAUUCUAGAGUAUUAUCAGUUUAGGAAUUUCUGUUCCCUUCCACGAGCAGUUUCCCCCUUAUUUGAACAAGCUAUCAAUCACGGAGAACGGAUUGGGGUCACGCGCCGUUGCAGGAGCGAAGCUGUUUGAAUGACCUUAGG